GCAUAUGCAAGGCUAACAUGUUAUCACACACGACCAAUUAUUUUUAGAAGUGUGAAAUCAUUAGAAUCAAAGGGGAAAUAACCAUUGAGAAAGUUGUAUUCUAAAAAUAACUAUUCUGUAAGCUGAUUCAUAAUAGUGAAACAUAAACAAAGUAUUUGAAAUGGCUGACAAAAAUGACACAACAGAUGCAAAGAAUAUGGAAGAUACAGUGGAUACUUUUCCAUUUAGUUUUGGGAAAAAAUCAGUGCCAGUAAAUAUUCAUAUGUCCAGAGAAGAAUUUGAAGCAGACAUUUAUCCAAUGAAUCGCAAGAACAGAGGUUAUGCUGUAAUCAUAAACAAUAAGACCUUUGACUCCGGCGUUGGCCUAGGAGCACGUAAUGGGACUGAUGUUGAUGCUUCAGCUUUAGCCAAUAGAUUUGCAGAGUUAGGAUUUGAUGUUGAGCUAGAAGAUGAUGUUACAACAGAAGAAAUGUUGCAAAUCAUGAAGAAAUAUGCCUACAUGGACCACAGUGAGAAUGAUUGUUUUGCCUGUGCUAUUCUCAGUCAUGGAGAAGAGGGUAUUGUGUAUGGUAAAAAUGGAAAAAUAGAGAUUAAAAAAUUAUUGGAACCUUUUAAAGGCAACCUUUGUGAAACUCUGGCAGGGAAGCCUAAAGUAUUCUUUAUUCAGGCCUGCAGAGGUACAGAGUUUGAUGAAGGUGUAGAAAUGAAUGUAGCAGACGCCAAAGGAGAAAUGGAUGUAGAUCGUCAAAUAUCUACUCAUAAAAUACCUGCUGAAGCUGACUUCUUAGUGGCGUAUUCAGUUGUCCCAGGUUACUAUGCAUGGAGAAACUCCAUAGAUGGAUCCUGGUUUGUUCAGGCCCUAUCAACUGUUUUAGAGAAGUAUGGUAGUCAGUUAGAUCUGGUCCGUGUCCUGACACGCGUCAACAAACUUGUGGCCUACAAGUUUCAAUCUAACACGUCCAAUCCAUACAUGAGCAGGAAGAAACAGAUCCCAUGUAUAACUUCAAUGUUAACAAAAGAAUUGUAUUUCUACCCAAAACAGUGAAGUCUUUGAUACUAGUAUGGAUUUAGUACUUUAAAGACAGCUCAUUUUAGUCAUUCCAUUUUAUUGAAGGAAACAUUGAUCUGUGUCCACCAUUUUGAUUUAUGAAAUAACAUUGACUGAUUGAGAACAUUAGCAGUCUGUUUUUAUAGAAUUGUAACAAGAAUCAAUGAAGGCUUCAUAGGCUGUAGUAUAAACUUUUACUUUUUGUGAAGCUAUCAUGCCAAUAUUUUUCAUAUUUAGUGUACAGUAGUGUGUUGUAUAUGUUUAUAAAAUGUAUUUAUUAAGCCUACUAUGUGCCUGAACAUAGUUUAAUUUGUAUUAUAUUUUUUUUCUCUUUUUUAGCUUUUAACAAAGCCAAUAUUUGAUAAAUAUCAUAUAAUGGUACAGCAUUGUUGUCAUUUUCCGUCCUUUAUCACUUAGGUCUCGUUUGAAAACUCAAUUUCACCAAUUUUAGGGUGAAUAAAAGUUAAACUCAAUAUUAAUAAGCAUAUAACAAGGGCUAGUAUUGAUUUUAAGGGUCACUAAUAUAUUUGUAGGUUUUUUGGGGGGGAGGGGAGGGUGUUAUUUGUUUGGUUGCUUUUUUUUUUUUUUAAAUAUUUGUAAUGAAAAUUCCUUCUUCUGUUUUCAAUGAAAUUUGAUUUACUCUUUAGAAUUCUUAUGUAUUAUGUCUAUAUUUAAUGCAUAUUAUUUUUCUUUCCUCUUUGUAAGAUCUUUAAGAAUAUAACAGUUUACUAAAAGUAACAUUCAAAAAUAAACCAAAUGGGCUGUGGAGAAUUUGUAGCAUUAAAUUUUUAGCAAAUCCUCACAUUUUUAUGACUCAGCUAUGAAAGCAAAGGCCGUAUUGUUUUACGGUCUGGGUGUUUGUCCCCAGUGUCAGGUUAAAGUUUUGUUUUACGGUCUGGGUGUUUGUCCAGUGUCAGGUUAAAGUUUUGUUUUACGGUCUGGGUGUUUGUCCCCAGUGUCAGGUUAAAGUUUUGUUUUACGGUCUGGGUGUUUGUCCAGUGUCAGGUUAAAGUUUUGUUUUACGGUCUGGGGUUUGUCCCCAGUGUCAGGUUAAGGUUUUGAUUUUACCCAAAUUCAAGUUUUGAUUUGAGGUAGUUUGUUGUCACAUCAACUUUAAACAUACAACAAAUGUUCAUUAUGAAGUGAACUUUUAAAAUAUAUUACAAAUUAGGGUUGUGAUUCAGAUUUGGCAGUUCAAUGAAUAUGGAAAUAGAUAAAUAAAAAAAAAAAAUGUCUGUAUCUUUACAAAAAUAUUUUCAAAGCAAGUAAAUACUUGGGCUAAUGGACAUCAUUAAGAUAUUUUUAUAUAUAAAAAAGAUAGUCAGUAAAAAAUGUAUUUCAUUUAACCAAUCAGUAUAUUUCAAUUAAUCUUUAUGUAAAUUAUAUAUUACCUCAGGAAUAUUGGAUUUUAUGCAACUAUACAUGUACAUUGAAUAUUUUCAUGAUCAUAUAUUUAUUAAUAUUUCUAUACAUCAGGCCACACUUAAAAAUAUUUUGGUUUGCCCAAACCCUACCAAAAGGUAGAGACAGUGGGUAGGUAGGUAGGCAUUUUCUUUUUUUUUUCAGCAAAGAGAAAUUGAAGUGACAGAUGUUUUUUAGUCUUCAUGCCUAUCUGAUUAAUACACAUUUUCACAUCAGGACAAUAAAAGAUUUUGAGUAGGCAGCUAUUUUCUGGGUAGGUAGGGUUAGGGCAAACAAACAUAUUCUUUUUUAUGGCCUCAGAUGUUUAUUUAGUCAAGAAAAAUGAAGAACUUAACAACAGGAAGAAUGCAACAGACCUGCCAACCUUCACGAUUUUUGGGGGAUUUCCCUCGUGAGUGGAGUUGACCUGAAUUUUGAAAUUAUUAUAUAAACUGAACACCUCAAAACAGGCAUUUAAAUGAGUUAAAAUGCUAUUUAAGCACAUAAAUACACAUUCAAACAAUAUAGUUGUAGAUUAAAAACUCUUGUGACAAUAUAAGAGGAGCAUUAAGUCCUCUUGCGCUUAAGAUCCCCCAUGGAGAUUUGGAAAAGUUGGCAGGUAUGAUGCAAGAUCCUGGAAAUCUCAUGUAAGCUGAGGGUAAGAUUCCCACUCACUGAUGAGGCUUGUCUAAGUCUGAUGUGAUAGGAAAUAUUGCCUGAGGAUGUCUUUGAUUUUUGAGUUUUGCAUUCUGGUUGAUGAUUGAUACAUUUUCUCAUCUGUUAAUGUUCAAAUGGGAUUCAGAAAAGUUGAAAUGUCUUGAUGAGGUUGGCAAGGCAUGAAUAUGUUAUAACAAUCACACAGUUGUCAACAUUCACAUAAGAGAAAUUUACUACCAUUAAUAAUCUUUUCAAACAAUAUUUUGAAGCAUGCUCAAUAAGUCCUUCCAUAAGGAAAAUAAAUUUUAAUUACAACAAUUUCUUUCUGCAAAAUGUUGCAUUUGACUAAUCUUCACAGACCAUGCUGUCUAGCCUAGGGUCUAGUUUAAUAUGACAAUCAGUUAUCACAUUGACAUCGAAAUAUAUUUUGGCUAUAUUUGAUAUUUCGCAUUUCAUAGCAGCACUAGACAGACUAUCAGUGUGAUGACAGGAAUUGUUACUAAUGUAACCGGAGAGCAUGAUUCUACUUGCAAAAUCGCAUGUCUCCACCGGGACUUGAACCCGGGACCUCUGUGUUAUAAGGCAGCGCGUUAACCAACUGAGCUAAAGAAGUACUUCCUUAGAUCAACCGCUUACGGCUGACUAAGUAUCUACUAAAGAAGGGAAACAAUACCGUCACAUUAACUACCUAUGAAUAAAAUAAAGGCCAUGUAAAAUUAUUUAUCUUUGCCAGUAAAAUUGGUUGUGAGUCUACUUAAUUGCUCCUGAUUUACAUUCAAUUUUAGUCAUAAGAUUUUUUGUGAAACCAGAGCCUAUUUUUCAGGUAAAGUCAAGAUUCAGUAAAUAAUUUUUUAAAUGUUCUUGUGAAAAAUUGUAACCAACCAUUUUAAACUUAUAUCAAAGUAAUCUCUGGUUUGUAGAUUAUACUAUUUUGUUUAUCAAAUUAUGAUGACAUGCACUUUAAAGUUGCUUGUAAGUAGGUGUUUUUGUUUUGUCUAGUCCUGUUUAUAUAUUAUAUUGUGUUAUUGGUACUAGUCUUGUAGUUACUAGUUAAUUUUACCCACAGGAUGUCAUUUUUUAUGGACAGCAGUUAUUAUUUAUUUUAGUGUAUUUAUUUAUUUGUAUAUGAAAAAAUGGUUAUUUUGAAAACCUCAAAAGCCCUAGAAGAUUUGCAACUGGUGAUUGAAAUACUUCACAAUAAAUAGUUUUAAAAGUGUGCAGCAUUCAUUAAAUUGUAUAGUUAUAACUUUUAUAUUAUGUGAAUUUCACUUAAACAAUUAUUAUGUAUGUAACUAUAUUAUUAUAUUGUUAAUAUUAAUAUAAUAUUGUAAUGAGAAAUUGAAAAUGUAGAUUUGAUUGGUAUAACAAACUUUUUUAUGCCCCCGCUGUAGCGGAGGGGGCAUUAAGUUUUACCCUUUUCCGUCUGUAUGUCCCUCCGUCCGACCGUACGUACGUCCCAAAAUUGGUUUCCGUUCUUUAGCCUUAGUUUACCUCAACCAAAUGUUAUGAAACUUAUACACAAUGCUUAUUACCACAAAAUACAGAUCAAGUGUGAAUUUUUUUGGCGUCACUUUUACUGUUCUAGAGUUAUGUCCCUUUACAAAUGGAAAAAUUGCUAAUUUUUUCCGUUUCUGUUCUCUAACUUAAGUUUGCCUCAACCAAAUGUAUGAAACUUAUUCACAAUGCUUAUUACCAAAAAACUAAGAUCGAGUACAAAUUUGGGUAGUGUCACUUUUACCUUUCUUAUGUUAUAUCCCUUUAUAACGUUAUAUGCAAGUGGGGGCAUCAUCUGUGUCCCAUUGACACAUUCCCCAUUUAUUUUUAGUUUAUUUUGUGGCUUGCAACUUGCCAUUUGUAAAUGCUCUGUAGAGAUUUCUCCAUGGUGACCUCAAAGUAUUCACUGUUGCUGUGUUUUCUAGGACAUGUGCCUCAUUAAUGUUUAAAAUCUCUUUUUGAUUCCCACCGUAACUUUACUCCUCUGAGUUCAUAUGAUACAUAAAAAGUCUGAAGCUUUCAUUUGUUUUUCAUCAUAUUUGACCUCAUUUUACAGCCACCUUGAUUUAACAAGAUGAAUUUUUUAAAGAUGUAUCUUUGGGUCAAUAAAUAGGCUCAUUCAAACUACAGGUCAUUCUCAAAAUCGUCCAGAGUUUUCAAAUUUUACAGAGACUAUAAAAGAUCUGUUAUCAACACCCAAAUUCUUCAAAUGACAAAAAAUAUCAAGAUACUGUGGACUAAGGAUAGGCAUUUUAUUAUCAUAAUAUUAUUUUAAUACAAUUAUAUAUUAUAGCUUUUUUUGUGUGAAAAGGAGUUUUUUUUUUAAUUUUUGUUGGUAAUGCUUAUGUUGAAUAUAUGUUAUAAUUAUAUAUUUUUCUUUGAUGUUCUUUGUUAUGUACUUUCUUUUUUUUUACAUUUAAUUUUUGGGACCAUUUUAUUUUAUGUUUUGCCUAUGACAGCUUAUAGUAGUUUUAAAAAUAGAUAGUUGAUAAGUGGCUAAAAACAAAUUUAAUUGCUGGUAUUUUUCUAUCUGUUUUAUUGUUCUUCAAUUGCAUUUGGACUUGUUGCAUGAAAAUCAGCAUAAAAUCAUUUUUUGAACAGGAUACUGCCAAGAGUAAGAAAAUGUUUGUCAUACUAUGCAUCAUUUUUUUAAUAGAAAGACAUGUGUUUUAUAUUUGAUUUGUUUAUAUGAGAAUCUCACCAUGUCCAUACAAUGAGAAUGUUCAAGUGGUAUGUAUUUCCUAUCUUAGCCAUUGUAUUUCUCAUGAGUCACAUUUCAGAAAAACUGUCAGGUUGAAAAAAGAAACUAUGCAGUUUACUGUUACAUGUAUAAUUAUAAAAAAAUUAUUUGUCUUUAAUUGUAUUGGUUUAAAAUAAAAUAAUCAACUGGU